AUAAAGAAAACAAUAAUUACUUCUCAGUUUUAAAACAAGCCACAUACAAUUAAUUGAUUCUAAGCCUCAAGAGCAAAAUCAAGCUUGACUGAAUGUCUUUGUAAAUGGAUCGUUAGUUAAAACUUUACAGAUAUGCACAAGGACAGAGUUGCAGAUGUCUAACCAAGGUUAUUAACACAAAGCAUCACAAGGUUCUAUGCCAAUUCUUCCCUUGCUAAAAGUCUGGGUGAUAAAGACCUGACUCCCUGUGCAGUUCUCUCAGCAGUUUGUCUCACCAGGCAUUGUGCUCCCAGUCUCAGGUCACAGUCUUACAGCAGGAACCUUGAAAUCAGGUGUUGCCAUGGUUACUCAUCCCCCUCAGAUGUGGCCUUUCCCCAAGAGGGAAAGCCUCAGAGAGCCACUUCCCACAACAAUAAAAAUGCCACAUAUGCCAUUACAUAUAUCUCUGAUAAGAUCAGACACUAUGUAAUUUGGGUUGGCUAUAGUGGAGACAACAUUUUCCUUACCUUAUCUGGGCCAUGCAGACAGGUGGAUCCAGCAAGUACCUGGCCACAGGUCCUGAGAUUGCCCCUACUGUGAAAACUGGAGAGAAAAUGGGCUUUGUACUGGAUGCCAAGACUUCUGGGAAGGGGAAAGUGGCCUGCAUGAUUCUGAAUGUCACAGAGGCUGAGGCUGAUGUCAUCGAAAAUGAAGAUGGCACCUAUGACAUUUUCUACACUGCUGCCAAGCCAGGCACCUAUGGGAUCCACGUGCUCUUCUGUGGUGUUGAUAUUCCCAACAGCUUUUACACAGUCAUGGCCACUGAUAGAGAAGUCAUAGCCAUGGAGCAGGCCCAGGUAAAUGCAUGUCCUUUAGGUGCUAUGACUGAAGAGGCCUAUGUUCCAGUAAGGCAUGGCCUAGGCUUUAAUCCCUUUGAAUGCGUGAUUUCUAUAGGGAAAGGGGGCUGGCUAAAGAAACCCACCCUGACCCCGGUGCCCAGAACUAGGGCAAGACGACUCAGAUAAGGCCAGUGGAAGAAACACAGUUUGGCUCAAAUCAGAGCCAUCUCUGCCCCUGGCCAACUGACUUGUGAAUCCAACCAAUCACAAAGCAGGACAGUAGAAUCCUGGCCCGAGGGCCCAGGGCCAGGGAAAGAAACACAGACUGCAUUUGGGACCUGAGAUAGAAAACACUUUAUCCCCAAAUCCAGAACCAAGGAAACAUGCCUUGACUCUGAAACUAGUGCCAAAAUAAUACUCUUGGUCUCUAGAAUCAGAGUCAGUGAAAGAAAUGUGCCCUGACCUUAGAGGUAGUGUCAAAAAGCCAAGAAAGGCCAGUGAAAGAAACACAGUUUGGCCCUGAAAUCAGGGUCAUCUCUGCCCUUAGCCCACAAACCUGGCCAAUCCCUGGGCAGAAAAAACUAACCAAUCAUGGGUUGACUCCACCCCUAGGACAUCCUAUAUAAACCACCCUGCCUGCUCAGUUGUGAGCUCUUCUCUCAACCCUGGUAGAGGCAGCUUGUGGGCGCCUUGGGCCCUGGCCCCUGACUGUGAGUGGCUGCCGCCUUGCUUGCUGACCUUUACCAGAUGUCCUCCCUAUUCAGAUUCCCUGCCAGUCUCCUUCUCACCUAAGGAUCACUGGAGAGCUUAC